AUGGGUAACGAGACCCUCCAAGAGUUCGCCGCUCUCGAUCUCGAUUAUUUGAUUAUAGGCGGAGGUACCGCAGGUCUAGCUGUUGCUGCACGACUCACCGAGCACCCUUGGUUCCAUGUGGGAGUCAUCGAAGCCGGCCCAUCGGUCUUAAACACAGGUGAUAACGGCGCGAUCAAUGUUCCUGGUCGGUAUGGCGAAACUAUCGGUUCGAAAUACGAUUGGAAAUUUAAAACUACCCCACAGCCAGGCCUGGGAGGAAGAUCACUGCCAUGGCCACGAGGUCGUAUAUUAGGCGGCACGAGUGCGCUCAAUCUUAUGGCUUGGAAUCGCGGUCAUCGCAAAGAUUAUGAUGCUUGGGCGGAACUGGGAAAUAAAGGGUGGGGAUGGGACGAUCUACUGCCCUUUUUCCGCCGCAGCGAGAGUUUCCACCCACCAAGUGCCGCUCAUCAAAAAUAUUAUCAUUCUUCCUAUGAUCCCGAGGUGAAUGGAACGAAGGGCCCUCUACAUACAAGCCAUGCCAAGCAGUAUGGCCCUACACACCAAUAUUGGCAUGAGACGUUGAAUAGCCUUGGUGUUCCAUCUACACGGGAUAGUCUGGCAGGUGAUAAUACAGGCGUCUGGAAUAUGGUCUGCACAAUUGAUCCAGAUAGUCAGGAACGCAGCUACUCUGCCUCUGCAUAUUACCAUCCCAUUGCGAAGCGCCCCAAUUUGCAUAUACUGACUGAAGCAACUGCCAUGGAAAUCCUCUUUAAUUUCGAAGAUGAUGAGUGGUACGCAACAGGGGCACGAGUACGCUGGAACGGACUGGAAGCAAACAUCAAAGCGUACGAAGAGGUAAUUGUCUGUGCCGGCAGCGUGCAAUCACCACAACUUCUGGAACUAUCCGGCAUUGGAAACCAGGACGUGUUGAAAGCUGCUGGAAUUGAGACAAAAUUCCACAAUCCCCACGUAGGAGAGAAUCUGCAGGAGCAUAUAAUGACUGCCACCAUCUUCGAAAUACCCUCCACGAUUCCCACACGUGAUGUCAUUCUCAAAGACCCAAUCCAACGCGAAGCUGCAGACCGCGCCUAUUACGCUUCCAAGGCCGGACCUUGGACUGUGAUGCCCUGUUCUGUGGCAUACUGUCCGCUUUCAAAGAUCCUAUCGCCGGAGGAAUGCGACGAACUACACACUCAAGCUAAGGAAGUCGCACAAAACACAGGACGUACACAUGACGCUCUUUUAGCCAGUCAAUUCGAGUCCGGUCAAGCGCGUGGUCAAGUUGAGUAUCUCUUCGAUUUGGGUAACUGGAGCCCAUAUUUUGUUUCUGAGCCAGGAAAGAAAUAUGCCACAAUGCUGCAAAUGCUACAGUACCCUUUCUCCCGUGGAUCUAUCCAUAUACCUCCUAUGAGCGAGACCAAUUAUGAAAAGGCCACGAUUGAUGAGAAGCCCGUGAUUGAUCCGCGAUACUUUCUAGGACCUGGCGAGAUUGACAAGAAGGUCAUGGCUAAAGCACUCAGGUGGGGAGAUCGAAUUUGUCAAACCGAGCCUUUGGCCAAACUCAUUCGCAGUCGAGUCUUUCCUCCUCCUACCAAUGGGACAAAGACCGAGGACGAAGUAUACGAUGAGUUUGUCUCAAAUUAUACCGUCACCGAUUGGCAUCCAGUUGGAACUUGCGCUAUGGGUGAAGCAGAUGGCAUCAAUGCUGGAGUUGUGAAUGAUAUGCUACAGGUGCAUGGAGUGCAUGCUCUGCGGGUUGUAGAUGCUAGCAUCAUGCCAUUGCAGGUUGGGGCACACAUCCAAGCCACUGUAUAUGCGAUUGCCGAAAAAGCGGCAGAUAUGAUCAUUGAUGACAAUUUUGCUCGAAAUGGGCCGCCAUGA